UCCCGUACAUUUUCAUACGAUUAGAAGCAAUAUUUCCUUCAUAGCAAAAACGUUGCUGCGCCGGACUCCUUGCUUUCGGAUAGUCCACCAUUUUAUAUUGCUGUAGAUCUAAAGGAUUACAAAUAUUUGUUUUAAUAUUGGGCUUUGCUUUACGAAGGGACAACUCUCCAUUAUGAUGGAAAUUGAGAUGCCUAAAAUGCACCCUAGUCAACAGGACAUGGACCUGAUCGACAUCCUGUGGAGGCAGGACAUAGACCUGGGCGCGGGGCGCGAGGUGUUUGACUACUACCACCGUCAGAAGGAGCACGAGCUGCAGCGGCAGAGGGUGCAGGCGGAGGAGAAGAGGCUGCAGCAGCAGAGGGUGCAGCAGGAGGCCCUGCUUGCUCAGCUGCAGCUGGACGAGGAGACAGGGGAGUUUGUGCCCCGCCUUGCACCCAGCGGACAGCCACUGCAGACGGCUACCUCCGCUGCACCCUCUCAAGUCACACAGGAUGUCAGCUUCACAGUAGAUGGGGAUGCCAUGUCAUUUGAUGAAUGUAUGCAGCUGCUGGCAGAGACAUUUCCUUUGGUAGAGGCAACCGAGACUACCUCUUCCUGUCUGGACGCCCCCGUAGCUCCAGCCCCCAACAGCAGCCACAUCAUGAUGAAAUCUGAUCCGCCAGCUUUGACCCAGCCCCCCCUACUCCCAGCCCCACUGCCCCCACAGAGGACCUCCCCAGAUUUGGAGCUGGCCUGGAUGGAGCUUUUGUCCCUCCCCGAGCUGCAGCAAUGCCUGAAUAUGGAAAUGGAAAACACACAGGAGCAGACCGGAGGAUAUCUGCCCACUAACACCACCCCCGAGGUGCAGGAUCCAAACUACAGCUUCUACCCACUGCCCAACCUGGAAGAGGUGGCGUCAAACACAGCAGAUGUCUGCCCACCUGAAUUCAUCAACACCUUUGAGGAGAGCUUUCCCAACAUGGCUCCACUGGACCAUCUCAGUCAGAUGACCCUGAAGGCUCCGGACCUCAGUACUCACUUCAGUGCAGACACUUUCUGUGACAUAUUUUACCCAGAUGUUGUCAACACAAAAGUGACCAGUGUCACCCUGCCUUGUGGCCAAGGAAAUGGAGGUAACUCAUUGGCAGAAAUACCAAACAAGCCUACUUUUACACCAAUGGAAUUACAGGACCUUUCUCCUGGAGAUACAUUUGACAGAGACAUCAAACCUGAGAUAAUGACAGAAUGUCCAGAUUCUGAUUCAGGUGUGUCUGUGGAAGCAAGCUCAUAUUCUAGCUCCCCUGAGAAAUCCAUGUGUGGGGACGGCUCCUUUGGUGGCUACAGCGAUUCAGACAUGGAGGAGAUGGACAGUAACCCUGGGAGUGCACAGUCUGACUACUCCGAGAUGUUCUCACUGUCUUUCCAACCAGAUGGCCUGCAGCCACCUCUUUCCGUGUUACCUCAGCAGCAGGACAAAAAGCCCAAACACGGCAAGACUGAGCCAGAUGACGAGACUGGCCACAGCAAACCCCCCUUCACCAAAGACAAGAAGAGGAGGCGCUCCGAGAAGCGUCUCUCUAGAGAUGAGCAGCGAGCCAAGGCCCUCCGGAUCCCCUUCACCGUGGACAUGAUCAUCAACCUGCCUGUGGAUGACUUCAACGAGAUGAUGUCCAAGCACCAGCUCAACGAGGCCCAGCUGGCCCUGGUCAGAGACAUCCGCCGGCGGGGCAAGAACAAGGUCGCUGCCCAGAACUGCCGCAAGCGCAAGAUGGAGAACAUUGUGGAGCUGGAGUAUGACAUGGACUCGCUGAAGGAGGAGAAGGAGCGACUGCAGACAGAGAAGACCAAGAACGACAGCAGCCUGCAGAAUAUGAAGCAGCAGCUUAACACCCUGUACCUGGAGGUGUUCCGUCUGCUGAGGGAUGAGGAGGGAAAGCCCUACUCCCCGUCGGAGUACUCCCUCCAGCAGACCACCGAUGGCACAGUCUUCCUCGUUCCCCGCAUUAAAAAGACAUUUAUCAAGAAAAAGGACAACUAGCACUUCUCCGCUUUACUACUUGGUACAGCAUUAGUAGUAAUAAUAAUAAUAAUAUGCAAAGAACAACUUUGUAGUUGCUUGGCUUUAAGCGUUUUAGUAAAACAGCAGAACUGUUAUAUAGUUUUUGCCUACUCUUCUUGAAUCUAUCAUAAUAUUUCAGUUAUUUUGUACUGUUCUUCUAUUUUCCUCUGAUAUUGUCUGUAAAUACAUUAUUUGCUAUUGAGAUAUGAAAAUGUGUAUUGUAUAUAUCAUGUUUUAGUAUGCUAAUUAUAUUGUUGCAAUCACUGUUACUUCAAAAGUCUGUUUUAUAAACUUUAUGCUGAUUUGCGGCUCCAUUUAUUUUGUAUGUCCUGACUCUCGUGCUUUAUAAUGAAAUAAACUAUUACAUUUA